AUGUACCUCCCGCGCGUCUUCCUCUGCUUUGUGGCCGCCGCAACGAGCGCUUCAGCUGGAUCACCCAAGCAGCAGAAGCCAAUGACGCAACCGAUUCUGUUCGCAGGAACCUUCACGCGUGAUGAAGGGUGGGUCAACGGCACAGGCAAGGGCAUCUACACUUACAAACUGGACACGAGCGAUGGGUCCCUCACGCCUUGGGCAGUCACGCCUGUUGGUAUCAACCCGAUUUACGUCCAGGGCACUACAAGGAAGUUCAACACGGGCCAGCGCGUAAUCUACGCCGUCAACUCGGUGGAUGAAGAGGUUCCAGCUUUCCCUGGCAAGUACACGGGCUACGUCUCGGCUCUCACGCUGAAUAAUGACGGCACUUUGAAGGUCCUGAACACACGCAAGACGCUCGGUGGAUCGAGCACGCACAUCUCCUUGAGCCCUAAGGAGGACUUUGUUGUUGUCUCCAACUACGGUGGCAGCCUCACCAUGUUUCCGAUCAAUGAAGACGGUUCUCUCGGCAGUGCGACGUUCUUCGAGGAGUAUCUGGAUGGCAGCAACGUCUUCAUGGAAAGACAAACCAUGGGCCACAUCCACAGCUCCACGUGGCUGCCAAACUCAGACCACGUCGUGGUUGCCAACUUGGGCAGCGAUGAGCUGCUGCAGUACGAUCUGGACACCAAGAAGCGGACGCUGAAGAGUCUAAAAGCUGUGAGGCGCCCGCCUGGGUCUGGUCCGCGCCACAUGGAGAUUAGCAGCGAGGGGAAGAUUGCUUACGUUGUGGACGAGCUAUCGAACACCGUCGGCGUCUACAAAAUCAACCAAAAGGGCGAUGUGUUGUCCACGAAAUCGUUGCAAGACAUUACGACGCUUCCGCGUGGCUAUAAGAAUUCCAGCACUAGUGCUGACAUCCACUUGUCGAGCAACGGAAAGUUCCUGUACACGUCGAACCGCGGCCACGACUCUAUUGCUAUGUUCAAGAUUGACAAGGAAGACGGUACUUUGGCACCGCUUGGAUGGGAGAGCACCCGUGGUGAAGCUCCUCGGGGUUUUACGGUGUACGACAAGUGGCUCAUUGUAGCGAACCAGAACUCGAGCGACAUGUUUGUAUUCGAAGUGGACAGCGACACGGGGUUGCUGUCGUAUACGGGCAAUUCGUACGAGAUUGGCACAGCCGUCUGUCUGUAUGUCGCGGAGUAUUGA